AUGAAUUGCAGUGAAGAUCCAAGUCGACUGGCCGAAAACGAUUUUCGUUCAUCAUUUGCAUUUUGGACAUUAGGUGUAAUAAGUAUUAUUUUAUCAUUUCUUGCAAAUGCUGGUAAUCUAAUUAAUUUAUUUGUUCUUACACGACGUCAUAUGCGUUCAACAAUGACAACACUUUUAGUUACACUUGCAUGGGCUGAUCUUGUUCCUCCUACAGUUGUUUCAUUAAAUAAUAUUUUAUUUUAUUAUUUUUUACCACAUAUGAAUUAUUCAUCAACAUUUUUAACAAUACAUAUUAGUACUCGUGCACUUUUUAAUGUUUUAGCCAAUAUAUUUACAACAUUUAGUAAUUGGCUUAUUGUUUUAAUUACUACAUUUCGAUUAAUUGUUGUCAAGGUAAGAAGAAUAGAAAGAAAUUUAUUAUCAAAUUCUUUAGAAAAAGAAAGAAAGGAAGAAUAA